AUGGAGUACUGGCGGCAGUGCGCGCUGUGGCUGAUUAGCUGCAAGGUGCUGCCUCCGAACCAUCGGGUAACGGGGGACAGUGCCCAGGUAUUUGACCUGGCUCAGACGCUCCGGGACGGGGUGCUGCUCUGUCAGCUGCUCAACAACUUGAAACCCCACACCAUCAACCUGAAGGAGAUUAACCUUCGGCCACAGAUGUCUCAGGUAAAGACAAGUGCUAUUUUGCUUGGUCUUAAAAGUGUGAUAAAUUCAAUGUCUAGCAACAAAUGAUUUUGUGCGGGGCAACACAUUUUUUGUUUGUUGUAAAUGAUGAAAGAUAUUCAUUUAUUUCACGGUUUUAUUGAAAUUGAUAGUGCUGAUGUCAGACGCAGAUUUGGAAUAAUUGUUAUUAGUUAAAAUAUUUUAUGCGAUUUCUAUUCGGCUAGUUCAUUCAUCAUCACAGAUAAAUACCCACUGCCACUAUAAUCAUACUAAACAUAUAUGGUGGCAGGUGGCUUAGUGGGUAAGAGCGUUGUGCCAGUAACCGAAAGGUCGCUGGUUCUAAUCCCCGGGCCGACUAGGGGAAAAAUCUGUCGAUGUGCCCUUAAGCAAUGCACUUAACCCUAAAUGCUCCUGUAAGUCACUCUGGAUAAGAGCGUCUGCUAAAUGACUAAAAUGUAAUUAAAAGUCUAUUUCAUCCCCAACUUUGAAACUGGUACCUGAGUCAGUGAGAGGUAAACCAUCUCUGUCAAAAAAUAUUAUUAUGUUAUUACUUAUUUAUAUAUAUAUUACACAAGACCAAGUUGACACAAAGCCAAGUAGCUUUGCUAAUUGCUAUUCUAAAAUCCUCAGAGGUCUUCUUAGUAAGGGCAGUCAAGUAUACUCAACUUUCUCAUGGACAAGUUUGUUACAUAAUGAAGUGAUCUGUACAACCCAGCUACUUCAAUACCACAUGUAUUUCCCUUUAGCUGUGAAUGAAUAAUGUUGACGCUAUUUGGCCUACAGUCUAUAAACCUUGUUCGUUUACAACCUCUGGUUCCUCAAACCACUUUGUCUCAUCAUCAUGUUGAGGAAGUUCGUAAAAGCUUCAGCCUCAUGGGGACACAGGAAUGCUGUUCAGGGGCUGCGUCUCAAAUGGCACCCUAUUCCAAUUGGGCUCUGGUCAAAAGUAGUGCACUACACAGGACAUAGGGUACUAUUUGGGAUGAAGGACAGGACUAGACCGCUGCUCUCUACCCAGAAUUAUCCAUCCUCCCCCACCACAACACUCACUCCAGGGGCCAGAUAACAGCCCAGCUUUGAUCCACCCUUUAGUUACACACACACUCACACACUCACACACACACACACACACACACACACACACACUCACACUCACACUCACACUCACACUCACACUUACACUCACACUCACACACACACACACACACACAGUCUUGUGCAGCUAACCUUGUGGGGACAUACAAUUCAGUCCCAUUCAAAAUCCUAUUUUCCCUAACACCUAACCCUAAACAGUACCCUUACCCUAACCCUAACCUUAACCUACACUAACCCUAACCCUAACCUUAAACCAAAAACCUAACCUUAACCUUAACCCUGACCCUAAACCUAACCCUAUCGCCUAACCCUAACCCUAAACCUAAUUCUUACCCUAACACUAAUUCUAGCCUUAAUCCUAAACCCCCUAGAAAUAGCAUUUGACCUUGUGGGGACCAACAAAAUGUCUCCAGUUGGUCAAAUUUCUCUUGGUUUACUAAUCUUGUGGGGACCACAACACACACACCCACACACACAUACGUACAUGCAUACAUGCAUACACUGAUGUGUGUCGGCUGCAUAAUUUAGACUGAGUGGUCCUCUGUAGCUCAGCUGGUAGAGCAUGGCGCUUGAAACGCCAGGGUAGUGGGUUCGAUCCCCGGGACCACCCAUACGUAAAAAUGUAUGCGCACAUGACUGUAAGUCGCUUUGGAUAAAAGCGUCUGAUAAAUGGCAUAUUAUUAUUAUUAUUAUUAUUACUGAGUCAGUAUUGUUUUUCCUAGUUGCAGUAUGGCCUUAUUGAAAUGAUCACUAGGCCUUGUAGUUUUUGUCAGAUUCUCUUAAUCAACAUGGCAGAUUUACACUGAGUGUACAAAACUUUAAGGACACCUGCUCUUUCCAUGACAUAGACUGACCAGGUGAAUCCAGGUGAAAGCUAUGAUCCCUUAUUGAUGUCACCUGUUAAAUCCACUUCAAUCAGUGUAGAUGAAGGGGAGGAGACAGGUUAAAGAAGGAUGAUUCUUAAGCCUUGAGACAAUUGAAACAUGGAUUGUGUAUGUGUGCCAUUCAGAGGGUGAAUGGGCAAGACAAAAGAUUGACGAGCCUUUGAACGGGGUAUGGUAGUAGGUGCCAGUUCGAGUGUGUCAAGAACUGGGUUUUUCACACACAACAGUUUCCCGUGUGGUCCACCCCCCCAAAUGACAUCCAGCCAACUUCACACAACUGUGAGAAGCAUUGGAGUCAACAUGGGCCAGCAUCCCUGUGGAACGCUUUCGACACCUUGUAAAGUCCAUGCCCCGACAAAUUGAGGCUGUUCUGAGGGCAAAAGGGGGGGGGGGGGGGUUUCAACUCAAUAUUAGGAAGGUGUCCUUAAUGUUUGGUAUACUCAGUGUAGAGCUUCUUGAACAACUUUAUUGUUGCAGAAAGAAGAGUCCAUGUAGCCCUGAACAUUGAACGCAGACAACAUGUUAUAUGUUUAACUGUGGUGCCAUUGCCAUGUGCUAAAUCCAUAUAAUAGCCUUAUGUGACUCUGGCCCUGCCUGUGGCCUUGGUCAUAGAGAAAGCGGUUUAAUGGUGUAGGUUUAGCUCAAGAGUGUCACUGCAUUGAGCAACUGCCAAUUUCUGAAGAAACACCCACAGUCAAACACCCACAGAUUAGGAUGUGUUUUAAUCUUUCCCUACAGUAAUAUGUCGCAACGUCAUUGUCUGCGUUACAUCUUUCCCCAAAAUGACAAUUAAUUAAUUUCUUCUCAGUUACGUUAUGUCUUUAUCGCACAACAUGCUGUUUUCAUUUGUAUUAUAAGCUUGUGUCAUUGUGUUGAACCAUCCUGCUGAUGGCUUGCACUGCAGAGGUUGAUAGAGCUGCAGUCAAGGCACAUCUUACUGGACAAUGCAGAAAGCUGUAGCCUACAGCAGUAGGUCAUCUGUGUAGUAGUCCAGAUAGGAAAUGGCUUUGUCACUGUUCUAGCCAUAAGAUGGGGGUGGUUAAUACAAGCAGAAGGCUAGCAUAAUGGAUUGAAGGGAGGGAGGGAGGGAUGGACAGAGAGAGAGAGAGAGAGAGAGAGAGAGUGAGGGGGAGGGAGGGAGUGAUGGAGAGAGGGAUGGAGAGGGGGGGAGGGAGUGAUGAGGAGAGGAUGGAUGGAUGGAUGAGAGAGGGGGGGGGGGGGGGAUGAAGGGGCAGUGUACUGUGAUUAACUAGUUAUAGCCUACUGAACUGCUAUUUUUAGCUAAGUACUGCAUCUAGGGGUAGGUAGUGUAACAUCUGCAUUUUGUGGCGCAGGCAGUGGAAUGUGUAUGUGUUGGUGACGAUGUACAUUGGACGUCAUUAUCAAAGUUGGUGCCAACAGAGGAGAGGAGAGGACAAGGAGGAGAGAGGAGAGAGAGAGAUGAGAGAGAGAGAGAGAUGCGACGAGGAGAGAGAGAGAGAGAGAGAGAGAGAGAGGAGAGACGAGAGAAGAGAGAGUCGAGAGAGAGAGAGAGGAGAGAGGAGAGAGAGAGAGAAAGAGAGAGGACAGAGACAGAGACAGAGACAGAGAGAGACAGAGAGAGAGAGAGAGAGAGAGAGAGAGAGAGAGAAGUGGAUCGCCGUGACGUUCAGAUUGAUCCUAUUGAGUAAAACAGAAACCUUUAGGCCGACACACUAUAAAACAAAACAGACCGAUAGAAUAAAGAUGUAGAGUAUCCACAGUACCUAAAUCGAUCAGACAUUACAUCUACCCAUCAAGUGUUCAAAGACGUGUGAACAUUUUAGGCAUAAUUACCGUUAACUUUUUUUUUAUCACAAUCCAACUGUAGGCACUCCAAUACAGAGGUGUUACAUGGCAGAACCUUGGCGUGAGAGGAUGUGUUGCUAGUCUCCUCCUCAGUCUCAUUAUCAUAACAGUUGAUCACAGAGAUGCCUGUGAUUUCUCCUCUAACCCAAGGGGCCCCUGUCGGUGGAGGAAGUGGAGGAGGGCUAUGUGUAUGCCCAACAGUCGAAGUCACAACUCACAAAGGGCUUUAUUAACUAAAUGUCUAGUUGUACUGUGUAACAAGCUCCUGUUCCAACUUCCUGCCACACUGUAAUAAGACUGGAUUUCCUGACCCCCCCCCCCCACCCCCAACUGAGCGUGAUAAUUGGUCCAAAUGCUCAAAGCCCAACCCAAUAAUCCCCUGUAGCCCCACAUCUCAUAUCUGGUCAAUCAUUCGGGCUCCCGAGUGGCGCAGCGGUCUAAGGCACUGCAUCUCAGUGCUUGAGGCGUCACUACAGACCCCCUGGUUCGAUUCCAGGCUGUAUCACAACCGGCCGUGAUUGGGAGUCCCAUAGGGCGGCGCACAAUUGGCCAAGCGUCGUCCGGGUUUGGCCGGUGUAGGCCGUCAUUGUAAAUAAGAAUUUGUUCUUAACUGACUUGCUUAGUUAAAUAAAGGUAAAAUAAAAAUAAAUAAAGAAAUCCCAUUGCCCGAUUGAAUACAUGUAUACAUUCAAUCCCAUUACAGUAUAUCGUUUUUACACAUAAAAACAAAAAAAAUGGAUAGCUGAAAGUUAAAAAUUCUUAAAAGCCAUAAAAUCAGACUGCGUGCUGAUGUUUUCCUGCACUGGCCCUCAGACUAGUGUCCACCAGUGUGAUGUGUCCCGAUUUAUCCUUAUGAAAUAGAUUCGAUGGAAACUCCACUUUGCUUAAGGUCUUCCUUCUUCCUCCUCCUCCUCCAGCAAUUAACAAUUGAUGGUUCAUGUCAUCAUGUCUCAUUAUUCAUGAGAUUAAAGAGUUGGAACUUAAAAGUUCAUAAGUUCUUAAAAGUUCCUCCAAGCUUUAAAGUGCAGUAUGUAUUCCUUGAAUCUGUUUGAUAUCUUGACGAGUUCUCAGAAAUAUGAACUGAGCUCAAUGUUAAAGUUCACCAGGAGGUUAUUAAUGUACGUCUUAUGAAUGUGUUAUGAAUGCCUUAUUAACAUCUAAUGUAUGUCUUAUGAAUGUGUUAUUAAUGUCAAACUGGUCUCGUUGGACUAUGUCUAAAUAGGAACAUUCAACAGUUAUUUGUCACCUGUGCUGACCUAUAACUAAUAUGUCAUAAAGUGUUCUAUUUUUAAUUACCGGUAUGUUGAUCAUGCUGUUCUUCUGGUCCCAGUUCCUGUGCUUGAAAAAUAUCCGGACCUUCCUGUACUCCUGCUGUGAGGUGUUUGGGAUGAAGAAGACUGAUCUGUUCGAGGCCUUCGACCUGUUUGAU